AUGGUGCGCCUGAGCCCCUCCUGCUGGCUGAAGACCAGCGUCGAGUUCCACCCCGACCGCCCCAGCCAGCUGGGGGUGGUGGUGACCAACAGCGGCUGGAGCGACUGGUCAACAAUGGACUUCCCCCUGGGCGUGGACGAGGUUUCUUUGAGGGUGCGGCGGGAGGGCAGCGACUAUCUGGUUGAGGCCACGCUGCCGGCCUCUGCCGCCGCCGCGACCACGGGCGUCCAGGCGGGCGGCGCCGCUGACGGCGUCGACGGCUGGACGCAGCUGCGCAUGGCGCACCUGAUCGAGGACACCGCCCCGAGUGGGUUGGCGGCUGGGGGCGGCACGUGCGCGGUGGCGGCGGGGCUCUACUGCGCCAGCCCCUUGGGGCCCGGGUUCGAGGCGACAUUCCAUCACCUGACUGCGUUGCGCGGCAGGAUCGAGGGGCCGAGGGAGGACUAG